GGGUCAUCACUAUCAUCCAACUCCAAGAAACAACAGCUUACACCAAGUUCAAGUGAAGUGAGCUGAUCAGAUCAACCGGACACAAAGCCCAAAGAAACAAUGGCCUACAGCUAGCCACCAAUUCGCUCGAUCAGCGAUGGCGGACAGAGUGACGAAUCUGGCGUCGCAGCGGGCGGUGGUGAUCUUCGGAGCGAGCAACUGCUGCAUGUGCCACGCGGUGAAAACACUCUUCACAGAGCUGGGCGUGAGCUGGACGGUGCACGAGCUGGACAAGGACCCCCGUGGGAAGGACGUCGAGAGGGUGCUCGUUGGCAUGGUCGGACGCAACCCGCCUGCGCCGGCCGUCUUCAUCGGCGGCAGACUUGUUGGCACCACCGACCAGGUCAUGAUGCUGCACGUUGGCGGCCAGCUCGUGCUGCUCCUCCGCCAGGCCGGCGCCCUCUGGCUCUGAAGAGUCAAGGCUCAAGGACAGCAGUGGCUGAUGCAUGCGUGCAGUUGUGUGUGAUCGCUAGAGAUCAUAUGGUGCGUGCAGUGCAGCUACAUAAUUUUGGAAAGGCUGGGCGGCAGCGGCGUUUGACGCGUCGUCAUCUUCCUGAAGGUGCCGCCUUGGGUGAGUUGGGGGUGUGCAGGGGCGAUGGGUGUGGUUGUCAAGUGUGUGGCGGCUUUGCAGGUGGAGGUGGCGCCAUGGUCUUCUUGUUGGGGCAGUGCUCUGCUGUUUGGUUGUCUGUUGCCUGACUUGUGGCUGUUUGCUCGCCGGCUCUCAGUGCCAUGGCAUGGACGGGAUGAAGAUAGGGUUCUUUCCCCGUUGGCAGCAACAGGGCAUGGAAGGCUUGAACUUGGUGCUGAUUCCAGCGGGUGCUGUCCUGCUAUCUGCAUUGGCUGCCUUGGAUCCUCUGCUUGCAAGUUCUUCUUCAACCUCGCUCAACAACAGCUUCUCUUCCUUGGGUGUGGGUUAUUGUGUCUUGAUGAGGCUCUUCGUUUGGUGUUCUUAGCGCAGCAGGUGGGUCGUGCUGAGAAUCUCCCAUGGUGACCUGGAAGCUUGUACCAAUCCUUGCUCAGGGGAACAUUGCCACUUGCCAACGGUACGGCGCCCUUCGAUCCAGGGCGAGGGGCAGGGGUCCCCUUCGGAAGUGGAGAGGGUCAGUACGAGGACGGCGUCCACCUAUCGGAGUAGAUGAGGGCAUGUCCAUAUUUGCUGGGCUGUAACUCCCCCUGAAGUUUGCUCUCUGUCAGGGUUAUGGUGCUCCACUCGCGCAUUGAAGGGCUUCGGCAACAUCAAGCUAGUCUGUACUGCUUAUUUCCUGUUUGCUUGUACGUGUUGGGGCUAGGAAGUUGUUUCGGGCAUCACCUUGUAUCUGCCGUCUUUUUUUUUUGUUUUCCUUUUCUUUUGCUUGUUUGCUAUGCUUCGUUGUAACUGUGGGUGUUUGUAUCUCCUGGCCGGUUGAUGGCUUUGUUAAUUCAAAGCCGGGCUCUCCUUGAGCCUUCGUUCUAAAAAAAACUAAUUUGAU